GCAGUUUUGGCUCAAGACCACAAAAGUCGCAUCACGCUAGUUGCAGUACUGCACACACAUACGUGAUAAGGUGAGCCCAUGGUGUUCAAGGCCAGCGCAAAGUCAGCGCAAAUCUUGCUAUACGUACCGCACUCGCCGGCUGCCGAGGCCUGUCGACAGUGGGCUAUGACGCUGGGGAGUGCCGCAGAUGAGGCACUGCUGAGGCGUGCCAGUCAUGGCGCUGCAGCGGAAGAAGCCGACUGUCGCAGUGGCAUGGUAGACCUCCAGCACCUCAUGGUCCAACACGCCGCGUCGGAGACCGAGUUCCAUGCCCGUGCGGCCGAGACGUGGCGCAAGUAUUCUACUCAGCUGGCCAAUAGUGGUUGCAGCUAUAAAAGGGGGUUUGCUGCCUUGCCCCAAUGGCAACAUCUGUUAUUACACAGGGCAUGGAGAUAUGAACGUGACGGCCACAGUGGAGUAUCGCGGGAAUAUCAUCAAGACAGUCUUCAUCCCCGACCCAGAUGUUGCAGUCGACAUGGGAGAAAUCGUGACAUUUUUGGGGGCGAGCACCGACGAUGCUCCUGCAAUGUUGAUGGACGCACCUGCAGAAUACCGCAGAACAGCGAACCCUAUGAUGUUGAAAAUGUUCUUCGUUGAGGACACUGAUGACGUUACUGAGCAGUGCCCUCAUGACAGUGAGCGCGUGGAGCCCGUGGGGAACAGCACCGCGGCGUACAAGGUUGAGAACACCACGUUCGCAGCUUCAGCGCAAAACCCAGACACGUUCUUGGGCAUGGAACUCGAUUUCGUCAGCGAGGCACCUGUGGGCCGCACCCUGGCCUUUGAGAUAGUCAAUGCACUCCUUCCUUGCCACCAUCCUGCUGCCCGUCCUGCUCUCUAGCCUUGCGUGCACUGUCUGCUGCUCCUCUUUGCUUGGAUGUUUUUCCUGAAACUGUUUGG